CUUUUAUUUGGAUCGGCUACCACACGCACACCACCAAACCCUCUAGCAGCAAACCAACAUUGCCCUGCCAAUCGUCAGCUUAGAAACACAGAAGAAAAGCUGCAGUUUGCUAACCAGCUAAUCAAGAGGAACGAUAGUCGUACUGAGCGCGAGUUUUUCACUUCGGUCUCGUAUGUGUUUCCACUAAAGGCGCGACCAGUGUGUGCAACAUACUUUGCAGAAGUGUUAAUUACCGUUCCAACCGCCACAAAGUGCUUACCCGCGCCGCGAACCCGUGAAAAGUGUGGUUAAGUGAGAAAGGAAAAGUGAUCCCGCGCGUGUAAUCCCCGUAACACUGCAGCACCAUGUCGGCGAAUUCGAUUUUGCUGGACUUUUCGCUCGACCCCGCCCGCAUCAUCGACGAGGUGUCGCGCAAGGACAUCGUGCGGGUGUGCAAGGAAGGGCUGGAAAAGUAUCUGUCGGGACUGAAGAUCACCUACGACAUGCUGACGGCCGACGGGUAUCUCUGCCUGCUGAACGAAACCGGCACCGGAACCAUCGUGACGAUUCGCUUCUUCGAGCAGGGCCUGAUAACGAUCAACGUCGAAUACUACCGCAAGGAUGGCGAUGAGGCGAAGAUAUCCUUUGAUCAAAUACGAGAGCUCGAGAACAAUUUGGUGCAAAAUCUAAAACUCAACCAUGGCCAAUCGCUACCACCGCUCCAACGGGGUCCCUUAACCCGUUAUUUCCCGACCGCAGACGAGCGUGUCAUCGAGUACGACAUUGACCGGGUGCUGUUCGACAAGCGUUCCGAAUUCCAGAAGAUUCAAAUCGUUCACUCGCGAAGCCUUGGCAACAUGCUGGUGCUGGAUGAAUUGCAAAACAUUGCCGAAGCCGAUCUUAUCUACACCGAAACGUUGAUGUGCCGAGGCACCGAAAACUAUGCCGGCAAGGAGAUAUGCAUUCUGGGCGGCGGCGAUGGCGCUCUGCUGUACGAGCUGCUGAAGGAGAAGCCCAAAUUUGUCGUCAUGCUCGAGAUCGACGAGAUCGUUAUGCAGGCGUGCAACAAGUACAUGAACUCGAUCUGUGGCGACGUGCUGGAGAAGCGCACGGACGACAAUUAUGAGAUAAUCGUGGGCGACUGUAUGGUGUACCUGAAGAAGUACAUGAAGGAGGAGCGCAAGUUCGAUUACGUGUUUGGCGAUCUGACCGACAUCCCGAUCUCGGACACACCGACCGGUGAGAUAUGGGAUUUCAUACGCACGAUCCUGGAAUCGUCCUUCCAGGUGCUGAAACCGGACGGAAAGUUUAUGACGCACGGUAACGGUGUCAGCUGCCCGGAAUCGCUCCGCAUGUACGAGGAUCAGCUCGCUAAGCUAACGCCAAAGGUGAAGUACACUAAGAGCUCGGCCUUCGUGCCAUCUUUUAUGGAGGAAUGGGUGUUCUAUCAGGUGCAGCGUGAGAACGCUUCCUCCGCCGAUAGCGUUUGACUUUGUUCCAGCAACAUCACCGCCACCACCACAUUUGAUCUAACGUUGCGAAUAGUAGCGGUAGCGAUAGCCGUAGCAGACAUACUGCUUCCGCUGACGAUGCCGUUUUUGACACACACAAUUCCGAGUAGCACAACUAGCAUCAAAUCACGAUAGCGCAGAGCACAACUGGGAAGGAAACAGUAGCAGCACCUUAGCAAUAAUCUAACGACUUAUUUAAACUACUUAAUCGAUUAACCUGUUAGGCAAGGCAAGAAGACAUUUAACAGUGGUUUGAAGGGUUAGGCUAAGCUUUACCAAAGUUUGUGUCCAGAUUGAAGAAGGAAAAAAAAGGGGGACGAGAGUAACUGUAUCUUCCGAUUUUCUUCCUGCAUUACGCUUGGACAGUGAUGGGCGGAGUAUGAUGAAGACGAACUCGCAGCUAAAAGUAAAGGUAACAGUGAAAGCGUUAAUCUCAAUUCCUGUUCCGGCGCAAGUGGCACACCACCUAUCCGCACUUAGUUUAACCCCGUUGCUUCUUUCAUCUUAAUUUAUAAGUAGCCCACCCAUAUCAUAUCAAUACACAAAACCGCGUGUGUAUGUGUGAAGGUAUGGAUCCGCAAAAAUACUUCGAAAAGAGAGAGUAAGAGAUAGUUUUAGUUAGAUACGAGUUUCUUAUUUAAUUUUAAAGUUGACUCUGCAGUUUCGAGGAGUGUACUUACGGAAGAGAAGUAGUUGCUGGGUGAGAUACUUUUCAACUCCGCGCGGGGUGUGUUCGUUCGACAAAACUCUGGGUCGUUCAGCAGUUGGGUAAAGCGAGCAGGGUGCUAGACAGAUAGGUUUGUCCAAACAGAUUUGCCAUUUAUGAACUAGAUUUGAUUAGCAAUUCAAACGAGUGUGUUCUCUAUCUAAGUCACAAUAAAAAAAACACUGUGAGUGGCUGGUGAAUAUGUGAA